AUUGACAUUUCUCUCUCUAAAGAAGAGCCAAUGCCAUAAAGGCAUAAAUAAAAGGGACUCAUUCAUUUCGUGACUCCCGAGUACUCGCCACCCCAAUAGCAUGCCUUGUUAUUAUUAUCACUCUCUCUCUCUCUGUCUAUGUAUGUAUAUAUAAAUAUAUCCCUCCUUUUCUUCUCUUCUCUUCGUUGACCCCUUUACCACUCUUUUUGUUGUAAUCGUAAUCCAACGAGCAAGCAAGAAUUGAAAGAAGAACGCAUAAAAUCCCGAUAGAUAGAGAGAGAGCGUCCAACCAACUUUGACCAUGGCAGUUCAAACUACUCCCCACAAUAAUCUCUUCUUUUUUCACUUACCAUUCUAUAGAGAAAUUAUCAAACCCAAGCACUUCUUCUACACUACCAACAACAUGAAUAUUGAUCCUAACCUCAUUCCCAUGCCAAAUCAAUCUUUCUCACCCUUUCAACAAUCUCAAUUCUAUUAUUCAAAUUCAAUUAACACAAAUGCUACUGCUCUCAACUACAACAUCCCUUUCUCCAAGAAACGUUCCAGAGACUCCACAGACCAACCAAACACUCUCCCACUUCAACACAACAGCAACAGCAACAACCAAUUAUCAUCUCAACUCUUUGCUGACCAAAACUUUCUCCAUCAAUUCCAAACCUAUCAAUCGGAGAUCGACCGUAUCGUUAUAGAACAAGGAGAGAAAAUGAGAAUGCAAUUGGAAUUGGAAAGAAGGAGACAAUCAACAAGGAUAAUGGCAGCAGUUCAAGAGUCAUUAGCGACGAAACUUAAAGAAAAAGACGAAGAGCUUCAGAGAAUUGAGAAACUGAAUUUUAUACUAGAACAAAGGGCGAGAAAACUGAUAAGGGAAACUGAAAUAUGGAAGCAAAUGGCGCAGACGAAUGAAGCCGAAGUGAAUAACUUACGGAACAGUAUAGAACAAGUAAUGGCGCAAGUUAGCGAGGAUAACCGUAACAACAAAGGUAAUGCGGAAUAUACGGAAUCGAGUUGUUCGAAUGCGUACAAUCCAAUGGAGGAAGAAGAACGAACAGAUGAGGCAGUGAUGAAGAAAAGGAUGUGCAGCAAUUGUGGUAUAAGAGGACCCGUAGUGUUGUUGCUUCCUUGCCGGCAUUUGUGUGUAUGUACAAUUUGUGGAUCCACCUUACAGAAUUGCCCGGUUUGUUUUUCUGGAAUUAAUGUUACUGUUCGUGUAAAUUUCUCUUGAUCUAUAUUUUACUACUAUAAUUCAUUCUCAACUUUUUUCAUGAAUAUCAUUCAUUGCAAAUCAA